AUGGAAGAUUCCAAGGCCGUUGGACCAGCUAUUCAGCUUCCCGUUUUAGAUAUCUCGGAUCCCAAUGAUACCGCUGUAGGAAAGGCAAUGAUGGACGCAGCCACCAAAUAUGGCUUUCUCUAUGUGAACAGUAAAGGAUCGGACUUUACGGCUCAGGAUGUGGAGAAGGCGUUUGGAUUGUCCAAGGAUUUCUUCAUGUCCCCCGUGGAAGAAAAAUCUACCUGUCGAAUCCAGUCCAACAACCGUGGCUGGUCCGGGAUGCAUGUCGAAACACUUGACCCCGAACAUCAACGGACAGGUGACUUUAAAGAAGGAUUCAACUUCGGCGAGUUCGAAAACGGACGGGCCCAACAGCCUCUCCCUCCAUCUCUGGCUCCGCACGAGACAGAGAUAGGACAUUUCGCAGAUCUCUGCAACAAGACCUGCAGCCGAAUUCUUAAACUGCUGGCACUCGGCCUGGGGAUCCCAGAUGACUUCUUCACGACCCGUCAUGAUCCCAACAAAGGUUCAACAGGCAGCAUCCUGCGCUACCUCUAUUAUCCAUCCAUUCUCUCCCCGACGACAUCCACCUACAAGCAUGAAAUCGACGUACGAGCCGGAGCACAUUCCGACUACGGGAGUAUCACACUGUUAUUCCAGCGUCCCGGACAGCCAGGCCUUGAGAUCCUGACGCCAGAGGAAAUCUGGGCUCCGGUGCCCGUGCAACCAAUACAGACUGUCCAAGGGAAAAACGAAGACGAUACUUUCGUCUUCCCGCCCAUCCUGGUCAAUAUUGGAGACCUACUCAGCUACUGGACCGAUGGCCUGUUGAAGUCGACCGUCCAUCGAGUUGUCUUCCCUCUCUCCGAGCAGCGGAGUCCCAAUCCCCGGGAUCGGUACAGUAUUGUCUUUUUCUGCCAUCCUCUCAAUGACACAGAGUUGGUCCCGGUCCCCAGUGGGGUGGUCGCUGCCUAUCGUAAACAAUGUGAGCAAAACGGCGUGCACGAUGAGAAGGUUGGCUUCGGUGGGGGAGCAGGACAGCUGGAACCUGGGAAACGAGCACUGACAGCUCGUGAGCAUUUAGAGUCGCGACUGGCUGCAACCUAUGGUUUCAGGAAGGAAUAG